AUGCAUUCCGAGCACGUUCAGCUUGUCACAGAGAUUCCUCGCGGGUCUCGUGUCUCGGCCCGCGCUCUCGUCGUCUCGGGUCUCGGCAGACGAGUGAGGCUCCGACAUGAUGUGACAGCGAUUGCAGCUCGGGCAGGUGCCAGCUGCUGCACUGCCAGUGAAGGGGAGUCGGAGACACAUGGCUCAAAUGGCAGUUUUGGAGAGCUUUUCUUCGAUGAUCUGCUGGAGCGCCCCACGCCGUGCUUCCGUUUGCCCCGCAUGGCAAAGAAGCUUUGUUUGGGUGGAUCCUUUGGACUCGUGCUGGACGUGGCCGGAGAGGUCUUCGCCUGGGGUGAUGACACCUAUGGAGAGCUUGGAGGUGCCACGAUGGACUUUGGUGGGUGGCCACUGGCCAACCGGAGCUUCACAGACCCGCAAACACUCCCAGUGCCUGGAAAAAUCACUCUUCCUCGACACGCCCAGGAGAAGGAUGCGUCGGACACCUCAAAGGAGUUCAUCGACAUUGCGUGUGGAGAGCGACACUCGCUUUUGUUGGAUGCUCUUGGGCACCUCUAUGCCUUUGGGGAGAAUUUGGCCGGGCAGUGCGGAGUCGUGGAACCAGUGGGAUCUGGGCACAUCAAUGGUUGCACCGUGCCACGGCCAAGACCUGUUCCCAUCGAGGCGGCAUCUCCAUCAGACGAGGGCCCAAGCAUGGAACGCGGAGCGAAGAUUUUUGCCGGCAAGUGGCACUCUGCUUUGGUCACGGUCGAUCACCGGCUUUGGAUUUGGGGCCAUCCGAGCAAUCGAAAGCUUGGGCAUGUUGGCUUCAACCAUGAUGGCACAGAGGCUGGAGAGGAUCCCGGCAUUGGCGCGAAGAAAAGCAAGGCCCGGCCGCCAGGUGUUGCGGUGCGCAGCGCAUUGCGAGAUGCUGUGCGGCGUCCGCACAUGGUCUUCGCGCUCUUGCACCGGCGCGUGAGGACACUCGGUCUUGGAGAUGAAUGCACGGUCAUCGUGCACGGGGAUGGCAAAAGCCUCGAAGAGGAGCCAGCUCCGUAUGGAGCCAGUCUGGAGGCGGCCUCGGCAGGGACCGGCUCUGAGAUUCUAAAGACCCAAGAUGACCCAAGUACUACAGGGUGUAUUGAGUCUUGA